GCAAACAGUUCCAUUGAAUGUUCAAUGAAUGAGUUUUUUUCUUUAUAAAAUUUGUUAGAAAAAAAUUUCUUGUUGGAAUUUCCAUUUCAAUCUUUCAUAAUGAAGUUCUAUUUGAUUAUUUUGCUAGUUCAUACAGUUUGUGUAGCAGUUAACAGUGAAAAUGGCACAAAAGUCGAAGUGAAUCCACGAAAAGUCGCCGAUGGUGGGCAAUUCCCAUUCCAAGUAUCAAUACGAUCAUAUUACACAGGUCAACAACAACUGCCAGUUGUAUGUACGCUCAAAGCACUACAUGGACUUAUGCAAUUUUGGGAGUGCUUGGAAAUAACGAUGGUGGCCUUAAAUAUAACAUUGAAAAUAUAAAAAAACAUGAGAUGUUCUAUUGGAAUUCAAACGAGUAUGACAUAGCACUAUUGCGAACAUUUAAGGAAAUGGAAUUUUCAUUCUGGAUUAAACCAGUUGGAUUGCCACCUCAGGGCUGGUCAGAAAGUUCAGACGGAGUGUCUUAUCAAAUGUCUGGAUGGACUGAAAAAGAAGAUCGGUUACUAUACGAAGAGGCCACUUUGGUACCGUGUAAAUCAUCGCUCUCUGGUAAAGUUGUUUGUGCUAAAAUGGAGGAUGCAUUCGGAUUUGAUCCAUACUCAGCAAGACUUUUGUCAUCUAAAAGUUCUGCUAGUGGUGAUUACUUGAUGGGAAUAUUAUCACAUUACCAGAAUUCGAUUCUAGGUAAUGAGCUCUAUUUGGAUAACAUUUUUCAUGAAGCCAUGAUAUCGAUAUGAUGCCGAUGCUUAUACUCGUAUUUCAUCAUUUCGUACAUGGAUUGAACAAAAUUCAAAGCUUGCAGAGAGCAUGAGCCCAGUGAAAAUGAUUUUGACUUUAAUAUUUUCACUAAUCUGUUGGUUUGUGAUUGUACUUCUACUGGUUAAAUGCCUAAAACGUCGAGAGAGACAGAGACGUACAGCAGCACCAACAGCGGUAGUAUCUUCCUUGCCUACUGUGUCAAGUAUAAGUCAUGGUGAAUUCAGGCCUGUUUCCAACCAAAGGCAAAUCAUAUCAGGUACUCCAGAACGCCAUGUUCCUUCUGCACCUCCAUCAGAUCUAUAUCCAUCAACUCCACCACCACCAAGCUAUGAAGCAUUAUUUCCCAACAAACCGGAGUUUAGUUCAACUUAGCAAAUAAUUGAAAUUGUUAACUCAUUGGAAAUUAAUAAAAGCCUCAUCAGUUCCUUCUGGGAGUUUGUUGACAUGACAAUUUGA